GUUACUUGCAAUUUUUCGUUAUUUGUAGCAAAACUUUAAAUACAUAAAAUUAAAUCAAUUGAAAUUAUUUAAUAUCUCAGUGCGUUAAUUUUAAUUCCUCGAGGAUGUUUCUAACGCGAAGCGAAUACGACAGAGGUGUUAACACAUUUUCGCCCGAAGGCAGAUUAUUUCAAGUGGAAUAUGCCAUCGAAGCCAUCAAAUUGGGAUCCACAGCUAUCGGAAUAUGCACGAGCGAAGGGGUCGUGCUAGCAGUCGAAAAGCGUAUUACUUCUCCUUUAAUGGAGCCUACAACGAUUGAAAAGAUCGUAGAAGUAGACAAACACAUCGGCUGUGCUGUUUCGGGGCUCAUGGCAGAUUCACGCACGAUGAUCGAUAGGGCAAGAGUAGAAUGCCAAAAUCAUUGGUUCGUUUACAAUGAAAACAUCACCAUCGAAUCGUGCGCUCAGGGAGUAUCGAACCUAGCUAUUCAAUUCGGAGAUUCCGAUGAUGAUGGUGCUGCUAUGUCGAGGCCAUUCGGUGUGGCAAUCUUGUUUGCUGGCAUCGACGAAAAAGGGCCUCAACUUUACCACAUGGAUCCUUCAGGUACAUUUGUUCAGUUCGAUGCGAAAGCUAUAGGAUCCGGUUCAGAGGGGGCGCAGCAGAGCUUGCAGGAAGUGUACCAUCGCAGCAUGACUCUAGAGGAGGCUACCACAGCGGCAUUGACCAUUCUCAAGCAGGUCAUGGAGGAGAAAUUGAACUCUUCCAAUGUAGAAGUCAUGACAAUGACGCCAAAGGAUAUGUUCCACAUGUUCACUAAGGAACAAGUGGAGGAGGUAAUUACUAAAUUAUCUUAAUUAGGGUUAAAGAAUUGUAAUUUAAGAGGCGCCUUUUUUUUCUUAUCGAACAUUUUAAUAAAGACAGAAAUAUA